CCAACAUUGCUCAACAUUGGAGCAGCGAGCAUACAUCCCUUGAUUUUCAUCGAAUUUGUUUCAUUCGUUCGCUUUUCUUAUCAACUGCUCGUCCAUUCGCUUUCAUCCCUGAGUUUCUUGGCUUCUUGUUGCAUAACACCACAGUCCAAAUACUACAAACAGCAGUAGCAAGGACCAUGGCCUACUGCCAACGCUGCGGAGAACCCGUCCCCCAAAGCGCCGAACGAUGCAAAAAAUGCCGUGGACCGCCGGUGAGUGUGCCGUAUAUGGACAAGAAGGGGGAUAUGUGGUCAAAGAUGUAUUUGAAAAAGGAGGGUGGAGUGGGGAGUGAGGAGUUGAGUAAGGUUGUUGGGACGGUGUUUGAUGAUGCGGGGGUUCUGGGGAGGAGGCGGUAUGGAUGUGAUGCGUGUCAUAAGUUGGUCCAUGGGGGAGGGACGAUUGACCGAGAUCCGUAUGACCCGACGAUCAAGUACUGCGAGGAGUGUUAUCGGGAGCGGUUUACGCAAGGGACGUGUUAUGCGUGUUAUGGCACCGUCACGUACGACUCUUUCGUUCGUGCGCCGAGGUCGGAUAGGAUUUGGCAUAAGGGGUGUUGUCGGUGUAAGCAUUGUCACAAGGACGUCAGUGAGAACGUCGUCCUGAACUUGCGAGAAGAACCGGUAUGCGAGAAGUGUUUCGAGAAGGAGGGUCAGAUGCCUGCGGAAAGAGAGGCCGUACUACCGGAGGAGGGAAGGGGAAGGGUUAUGACGCCGGUGAGGACUCUCCGUCCCUUCUCGCCGGCUGGGGAGAGGAGGAUGUUGGUCAGUCCGACGCCGUUGACGCCGAGGCUCGUGUCGCUUCCUCCCUCCUCCCAGGAUGGAUCUCCGAUGCGGUCACCAUUGUCUGCGAGGAGGCAGGGACUUGUGUUGACGAUGCCCACUACGCAGCGCCCGUUCAGUCCGAACAGGAGUCGUCCUCUUCAUCGCGAUUACACUCCGAAUCAGUAUAUGGACCCGCCGCUCCUCUCACCCACAUUUGAGCGUGAACGUCCGCUGAGUCGUGCAGACUCUGGUUCACGGAGUCCGAGUCCGUCGAAGAUCGUGAGGGUGUCGAGUCCGAUUUUGCGGAGGCCUAUGCUCGAGACUUUGAAUCCCCUAGAGGCGCAGUUGGCAGCUGAUAGCCCGAAACAGCCAUUUCAGCCUGGACAUGUCAAAAGGGCGAGUAGUCUUCGUAUGACGAACUUUCUUGAUAUGUACAGUAAGCUGGGGAUCAGCUCUUCGAAGGCGGCUCCUCCGGCUGCGCCUGCGCCUGCGCCGAGUCCAGUCGUUCAGCGGACUGUCGUUGUGCCAGCCCCGAAGCUUGCAGAGAGACCGAGCUCGGUGGCGAGUGGGAAGACGACGGAAUCGAAGCAUGCGGAGAGUGCGCCAACUGUGAUUGAUGAGAAUGUUAGGGGCAGUGGUGCGGAUACGCCGAAUAGUCGUCGCAGUGCAGUUACGAUUGCGGAUUUGGUCAUUCCUUCUGGAGCUCCCAAGAGGGAUCCCGGUGACCAUUCUCCCACGAAGCCGAGUCCGUUGGGAAUGGGGUAUCCACGUCGACAGCCGCCUCUGCGUCGCCGGAACUCAACGCCUAAGCACUGGCGUGUGCCGAGUGGGAAUGCGGAGGCUCCGGUGUCGAAGAUUGAGGAACCGGCAAGGGUCGAUACGUUCGUGCGUAUUCCUGCUGCGAAGGAGGAGGAACCAGUCGAGUAUUGCGUGGAUUGCAAGAAGGAGCUCGAUACGGAAUGGGUGAGCACGAGUGAUGGGGCGAAGCAUCAUAGGGAGUGCUUCAAGUGUGGUGUCUGUGCGGGUGAGUUUGACGAGGGGCCUACGAGCGUCGUAACUUACAAUGGUGAAUUGGCGCAUCCAAGAUGCGCUCCCGUUGUUUCGACGUGGACUGAGCGUACGAUCAUGACUCCACGCAAAAUGGUCCCAAUUUUUCCCAAGCCCAACUCCGCGUCACCUAACCGCAGGGACUUCUCGAAUGCAACGGCACCGAAGUCGCCUACGCCUGGCUUCUUCAGCACGCGGAACCGUCCUCUUCCGCGUUUCGGUGGAGCGGAGAAGUGUCCCGCUGCUGGAUGUGGAUUGAACGUUUACCCCACCGACUCGCACCCCGGACCGCGUGGUAAGAAGUGGCAUAAGAAGUGCAUCAGGUGUGUUGGUUGCAGUGCGCAGGGUGAUUCGACAAGUUAUGUGGAGAUUGAUGAGAAGAUGGGGGCCAUCAGCAUUUUCUGCCGGGCGUGCCAGGAUGAGAAGAAGGGCAGGAAGAGAGAAGGGAUGGUCAUUAUCUGAAAAUGCUAAAGGAGAAGGAAAGAGCAAAACAUGCAUUCAUGAGAAAGGGAAGAGAAGAACUGGCUAUUGAAAUCACGGCGUUUUUUUUAGUAUUAUUAGGAGGACUGCCGGCGGCAUUAUGGAUGGACAUUGUGAUAGCCGGCGCUUAUGCUUUUUCUACGGACUUGGGAAGCUGAGAGGACAAC